ACCCUUUCUCCUAGAGAAAUGGCCCUUAACAGGUCAUCUAACAACAUGAGCACAGUUGCUGUAAUGGUUGCAGUACUACUUCUUGCCUCUCAAAUCACGCCAUCUCAUAGCACUCUGACAGGAAAUAGAAGAUACCUGUUGCAGUCGUCAUCAGCUACCACUGCUUCCACCGCAAAAGCAGGGAUGAUCGAGGGCACAGUCACUCCCACAGAAGGUGGCGUUCCAGGGGCAGAGGACGUUCGCCCCACUAACCCUAGCCACAGCCCCGGCAUCGGGCAUGCAUUCACCAACAACAAGAUUGGGAGGAAGCUGCUUGCGAAGGCAGAGGGCAGGAUCACUUCCACUUCGACAGGGAUGAUCGAGGGCACGAUCACUCCCACAGAAGGCGGAGGCAACCAAGGGGCGACAGAAGAUGUUCGGCCAACUAACCCAUCCCACAGCCCUGGGAUCGGCCAUGCAUUCACCAACAACAAAAUCGGGAGGAAGCUGCUGCUUACAGCAAGUCAAUGGUGAUAGUAAGUGCCUCGAAGAACAGCAGCCAGCAAGCCCUUCUCUUGCUGAUCAGUCCUA